ACUUGUAGCUCGUCAAGAUGAAGUUAAAAUCAGGUGUGGUGAAGGCUUGAAAAAGAGGAAUGGUGCUGUUGAAAUGAAGAGAUGACUGCACCAGUCAGGGUGUGCUCAGAGAUGGAGGGGCUGGGCUAAGGGAUGAUGAUGUCAGUGUGUGACAGAUGAAACAGCAGACAGUCUUUCAGAUUGCUCACAGGGAAAGAAAAGACCCUCAAGAGGCUUCCUCCUGCUGGUUGUUGUUCCCCAGAUCCAUGGAAAGAGUCCAGCAGACCAGCAGCGCUCGGGGGGUGUCAGCGAGACCAGACAGCAUUUUCUUCAGAUGCAGAUUUUUUCUCCUAAAUGAUCAUCGCAGUCCUCAGUAACCUCCUUCAAGAGAUAUUUUUUCAAUCUUCUGCAGUUUAAGAUCCAAAUGUAUUGCUGUGCGUGUAAACCAAAAGUGCUUUAUGUUGCCAGUGCAUGUAUGUGGUGGGGAUGCACUUAACGUAAACUGGGAGUGUGUGACCGAGCGGCACUGGUGAAGGUGGUGCAUGUUGUUGCUGUUGUGCUCAUGGCUCAGAGGAGGGCUGCUGGUGGCUGCUGCUGCCCCAGGGCACCCAUGAAUGAAGACAAUGCCCGUUUCUGCCUGCUGGCUGGCCUCAUCCUGCUCUACUUAUUGUGCGGGGCGGCCAUCUUCUCAGCCCUGGAACACCCCUUUGAGCUGCGUGCCCGUCGCCUCUGGAAGCAGCAGCUGGACAACUUCACCCAGCGAUACCGGGUCAACCUGGGCGCCCUGCACACUCUGCUGCGUCAGUACGAGGAGGCAAAUGGAGCUGGGAUCAGAGUGGACACGUUGAGGCCCCGCUGGGACUUUUCUGGGGCUUUCUACUUUGUGGGCACAGUGGUCUCCACUAUUGGUUUUGGCAUGACCACACCAGCAACCAUAGCUGGGAAAAUAUUCUUAAUCUUCUAUGGUCUCAUUGGCUGUGCUGCCACAAUCCUCUUCUUUAACCUCUUCCUGGAGAGAAUCAUCACGAUGUUAGCUUACAUCAUGCGCUGGUGUCACGAGCGUCGGCUGAGGUGUGCUGGAGUCGGGGUAGUGUCCAGCAGGGAGGAGCCGUCUGAUGAGGAGGACAGCCUGGAAGGCUGGAAACCGUCAGUCUAUUACGUGAUGCUGAUCCUGGGUGUGGCGUCAGUUGUGAUUGCGUGCAGUGCCUCUACUCUGUACAGCUCCAUGGAGAACUGGAGCUACGUGGACUCCCUAUACUUCUGUUUUGUGGCCUUCAGCACCAUCGGCUUUGGAGACCUGGUGAGCAGUCAGAAACAGCAGUAUGAGUCUCAAGAGGCCUACCGGCUUGGGAACUGCCUUUUCAUUUUAAUGGGGGUGUGUUGUAUCUACUCACUUUUUAAUGUCAUUUCUAUUGUCAUCAAGCAAACUCUCAACUGGAUCGUGGGAAAGCUGGUUUGCUCUGGCCGCAAUCGGCCCCGCACCUGCUGCACACCUGGCUCCUGGUGGCUCUGCUGCCCCUGCCUCCCCACCAAAAGUCACAACCAGAGGCGCCUGCCUGCGCACCUCAGGCAAAAACGCAUUAAACGCAACACCGUGCAGCCCAUUUCAUCCCACUGCCCCACAGGAAGACACCGCUACACAGAGGGCUCGGUGGAGACAGUGUGUGACAGCGAGACGGAUGCAGGUGCGGUGACUGAUGGGGUGUAUGUGGGCCGCCGUCUGUCGGGAGAGAUGAUCUCUGUCAAUGAGUUCAUGGUGUCCAAUAAGGUGUCUCUGGCAUUGCUGCAGAAACAGCUGAGUGAAACAGCUCACCAGGGCCCACGGCAGAGCUAUGGCCAUCAAAAUGGAUUUUCUGGCGGUGUGGGAGCCUUAGCCAUAAUGAAUAAUCGCCUUCAGGAAACCAGUGUGGAUAGGUAGCUCUGCUAAGAUGUUAUUCAUGUGUAAUUUUUGGGGGGGUUAUCUAUACUGGAGAGCUAAUGAGAUGCAUUUCCAUACUAAGUGAUUUCAAGAAAGUCGGCAAUUUGACCUAAUUCUGAAAACAGAACAAUUAACAUCUCCUCAGCACCUCUCUGAGAAAUUUCAGUGGAAGUCUAUGCAGAUAAUAGCAGACCUCCAGCAUGGAUUCUGGACAUCAAAUAAUUGAUGACAUUUUGUUCUGUGUAGAGAAAAAGAGCAAGAAGAUGAAUGCAAUUUAAAGACUUCAACAUCACUGUGAAGUGGGGUCUGAUGUCCUGAAGUGAUUGGCUCAUACGAAAGCAAUCAGACGAAAGAAGCAGUGAAGGACCACUUGCUGGGGUCUGCUGAUUUGAGAGUACUGCACAUGUCCCCUGAGCUCCUCAGUAAAUAUGGUCAUAUGUGAUGUGUUACAGAUGUAACACAAUGUCCAUUUUCAGUCUCAGCUUAGAUUACAAGCUGCAUAUGUAAAACAUUUGAAUUUUGAUUUGUAUUUAAACAGAGUUUCUCAAAGCCACUACAGGAGCCCACAAGCACUAAGAAAGGGACUUUUAAUUUGUUGACUGCUCAUAAAACACCCAUCUUAUUUCAUCAAUGCAUGUCAUUGAAAUUCAUAGUAAUCAAAAACGAGCGAUAAGAGCCAAGGUUUUCAGUGGAGCACAUCUAAUCAAACGUGGCCUGCAGAGGACGUCCUCAAGUCAGUAAGUGCUGCACAGAUAGCUGCAGGAUCACAUCAACACAGCGGAGAGCGAGGCUCAGGCUCUCCUCAGCUAGCUGGAGGAGAUCCUUUACUAUGCAUUUUAAAGCCAUUUUAAUCCUUUCUGUAUCAUCUACGUGGCAGGUUUUCAUCAGUGCUCGGGACGAUACAAAAAGCUUCCUCCUUAGAGAUUUCACUAGAGACCAACUCAUUCAUUUUCCUCUAGUGGUCGCAUUCGAUGAACUGUCUCCAUUGUUUCAAACCAACGAGAAAAACGAUUGUUUAGUGAGGUAUUGUGGGUAAAAAAUACGGCAUGUUGUCAGUCAAAUAUUCUUUAUUUAGAUUUAAAACAAUCAUGACUCUUAACAUGUAACGUCUACACACAGAAAAUUACUCACUGAAAUAAGUAUGAUGCAUUUUGAUGCAGAUAAAUUGACCCAUUCUGAAACUGACCUGUUCUG